AUGAAUUAUAUUGGUGUUGAUCCAACAGACAUUAUGGCUGACAAACAUACCGGCCCUAUCCAUCAACACGAAAGCUUCUUUGACAGAAUUUUUCAUCCUCAUAAGAGUGAAGAUAAAGACGAAGAAUAUGAGCAUGAAGCCAAUGACCCCACCAAGACUUCACAAGAGGAGGCUGACAAGGAUCACAUGAAGGAUGAAGACAAGUUCAAAGACCGUAUGCACAAGGAAGGACAGCUGGAAUCUCAGGGUGAGAUUUACGACUAUCUGAUGUGA